AUCAUCAUUAUAGUGUAGUUUUGUGUCUGAAAUUUUAUUUUAAAUUUUAUUUCAAUUUUCGUUUUUCUUCCAUAUUCCAAAGAAAAAAUGACUGCAAACGUAAAAACAAUCCCAAAAUCGAAUGAAAAAUCAUUCAAAGAUAAGGAAAAACCGACUGAAAUUCGUUCAUCGAAUAUUGUGGCAGCGAAAGCCGUUUCAGAUGCCAUACGAACAUCAUUGGGUCCAAAAGGUAUGGAUAAAAUGAUUGAAUCACCGAAUGGUGAUGUUACCAUAACGAAUGAUGGUGCUACGAUUCUGAAACAAAUGCGUGUAUUGCAUCCGGCCGCAAAAAUGUUGGUAGAAUUAAGUAAAGCUCAAGAUGUUGAAGCAGGCGAUGGUACUACAUCGGUCGUUGUAUUAGCCGGUUCAUUGCUUGAUGCUGCUGAUAAACUACUCAAACGUGGUAUUCAUCCAACAGCAAUAUCGGAUUCAUUUCAACGUGCAGCAGCUAAAUCCGUUGAAAUAUUGGAAAGUAUGUCGAUCCCAGUGAAUCUGGAUGAUCGUGAUACAUUGAUCAAAGCGGCAACAACAAGUUUGAAUAGUAAAGUGGUUUCUCAACAUUCAUCCCUUUUGGCACCAAUAUCGGUGGAUGCCGUGCUGAAAGUACAGGAAAAUAAUAACGUCGAUUUGAAAGAUAUUCGAAUCAUUCGAAAAUUGGGUGGAACAUUGGAUGAUACACAAAUGUUCGAUGGCUUGGUGUUGCCACAAAAAUUUGCCAAUGAUUUUGGUGUGAAAAAAAUUGAAAAAGCUCGUAUCGGUUUGAUUCAAUUCUGUGUAUCACCGCCAAAGACAGAUAUGGAUAAUCAGGUGGUAAUAUCGGAUUAUACACAAAUGGAUCGUAUAUUGAAAGAGGAACGUCUUUACAUUCUAAACAUUGUGAAACAAAUCAAAAAAACUGGCUGUAAUGUUCUACUUAUUCAAAAAUCCAUCUUACGCGAUGCAUUGAAUGAAAUGGCCAUUCAUUUUUUUAACAAAGCUAAAAUUGCUGUCUUACGCGAUGUUGAACGUGAAGAUAUCGAAUUCAUUUGUAAAUCAUUGGGUUGUCGUCCUGUUGCAAGUUUGGAUCAUUUCCAACCUGAAGCACUAGCAUCAGUAGAUUUGGUGGAAGAAGUAUCCGAUGCGAAAUUCAUUCGGUUCUCGGGAAUUUCAUCACCGAACGCAAAUCGUACGGUAAAUAUCGUUAUUCGUGGUUCGAAUAAGUUGGUUCUGGAAGAAGCUGAAAGAUCAUUACAUGAUGCUUUAUGUGUCAUUCGAUGUUUAGUAAUUCGACCUGCUUUGAUUUCUGGUGGUGGUUCAUUGGAGAUUGAAUUAUCCAGGAAAUUAUCCGAUUUUAGUCGUACAUUAGUUGGUUUAGAUGGUAUUUGUUUCCGUGCCUUUGCCGAUUCAAUGGAAGUUAUCCCAUAUACAUUGGCUGAAAAUGCUGGUCUAAAUCCUAUUGUUACCGUUACUGAAUUGCGUAAUCGUCAUGCAAAUGAUGAAAAAUAUACAGGAAUCAACGUUCGUCUUGGGUCGGUUUCUGAUAUGUUGGCUGAAAAUGUUGUACAACCGCUACAGGUUUCUAUUUCUGCCAUCACAUUAGCAUCAGAAACGGUUCGAUCAUUAUUGAAAAUUGAUGACAUUGUUCACACGAUUCGAUGAUUGACAAUUGAAUUGAAUUGAAAUGAAAUGAAAUGAAAUUAUUAUUCAAAUACCUUUGUAUGCAAAUGAUUUUGAAUUGAUACA